CAUUUGAGUUUGAGUGAAGCUUCCGCAGGGAAGAACAGGAGCGAAGAUGAUAAAGGCUGUGAUGGUGAUGAACACGGAGGGCAAGCCUCGCCUCGCCAAAUUCUACGAUUUUCAGCCUGUGGAGAAGCAGCAGGAGCUUAUACGCAGUGUGUUUUCAGUCUUGUGCAGUAGAGCCGAGAAUGUAAGCAAUUUUGUGGAGGCCGAAUCCAUUUUCGGUCCUGACAGUUGCCUUGUAUACAAGCACUUUGCGACUCUCUACUUUGUCUUUGUAUUUGAUAGUUCCGAAAAUGAGCUAGCUAUGCUUGACUUGAUACAAGUUUUUGUUGAAACGUUGGACAAAUGCUUCAAGAAUGUAUGUGAGCUUGACAUUGUGUUCAGUUACAGCAAGAUACAUACUAUUCUGGAUGAGAUAAUUUUCGGGGGUCAAGUGCUGGAAACAAGUUCCACAGAAGUUCUGAAGGCAGUUGAAGAAAUAUCAAAGUUAGAAGCUGCUUCAAAUGCUAUCACACUAGUUCCGAAGUCUGUUUCUGGUUGGCGUAGGUAGGACCGGCACACUAUUCAAAGUGAGUUAAACCAUUGCAUAUUUGAAUGUUAAUCAUGGUCCUCAAAUUUGCUUCUGGCUGCUGGAAUAGAGAGUACAUGAUUUUAAAUGUUUGAGCAAAGAAAAUUGGUGUCCAUACUAGCACACCAUGAAGACAUGUCCUUUAGCAUAGUACAAUUCACUGCUCUCAUUAUUUGGAUAGUUUGUUCGUUUACCUAUCAUCUAGAAUGUUCGUUUGGUCACAUUAAUACUCGCAUGGACUGUACUGAAUGGCUUCAAAAUACAACUUUGAACAUAGGAGCUAUUUAUUUAUACACAUGCAAGAGAGAGGAGGAUUAGAAUGAACCCAGAAAAAGAGGUGAGAUGGUGGUGGGUUAGACAGUGGUUCUGGGACGUGACCUUAUUGUUAUUCGAAGCAACAUUAACCGUUUUGUUUUUUUGUACAUGGAAAUAAACAUUA